AAUGUUGUCCGAUGAACGGCGGGAAGGAAAUUCUUUAAAUCUCACAACUACAGUUUUAACAGAAACGAAUUCAAAUUGUCAGGAAGUUAAUAAUGAGGAAAAUGAUAAACAUCUUAUAAGAUUGUGUAUCUAUUCAUUGUAUGCAAUUUACGUAUGGACUAUCGUCGUAAGGUCUGUUCAAUUAGGUUUAAGAGAUGUUGAACAAAGAUUAUUUGUGAAAGUAUCAAAUAAAAGGUCUAAGAAACGACAUUUGAAUUUGCGUAAAACAAUUAAAGAGUAUUCUCAUGAAAAUCAAUUCAAAAAUCGCUCAAACUUUCAUAUAAACUCGCAAGAUUAUUGUCAAUUCAAUGAUAAUAGCUAUGAUGACAUUUUUCAUCAACCUCUUCCCGAGAAGUUUUCAAAGUUUCGUCAGAGGAAACGGGAGAAAAAAUAUUGCAAGAGAGACAGAGAUGAUCUUUCAUAUUCUACUGAACAACAAAGAUCUUUAACUAAAGAACAUAAACGAGCUAUCUUUAAAGAACAGGAAGAAAAUGAUGUCAACGAUGACACUUCUGAUCAAGUUCGUCAUGUCAGCUAUUUAAGUGAUUUCAUUCAAGAAAAUCAUACCAGAAAGAAAUCAUGUGAUAAGUAUCGAAAGAGAAUUUCUAUCCUACCUAUUAAACCGAUUCGAUGGGUUAUACACCUAGCAGAGAAUCUACCAACAGUUAUAAAGAACACUGAUGAAAAGCUAUUAAACAAUUACACUUCUAUAAACUUUGAAUUUUUUCUGCCGUUCAAUUGUUCAUUUUCCCUUGCCGAUUGCGACAUAGAAGAUAUUCCUAUCAUUGAUGGUCAGAGUACGCCUCCUCUCCAUCUUCUAGACUUUUCAUCUUAUAUACGUACUAUUCUUCUAGCCAGAGGAGAUCUCUCAAGACGCAAGGAUCUGGCUAGAGCUCUUAUUUUUAUGAAAUAUCAAAGAUGUGAAGAGGUAGUAAAUAUUAAAAUGAAUUUUGCCCCGAAUAUUGCCUCAAGCAAUAGUCCAUCUACUAUAAAGCCUUUUCAUGUAGUAAACUUUAAAGAACUCAUCGAUAUAGUAAAGCAAACGAUAAAUGACUGGCUAAAGAAGGCAAUCCUAAUAAAUGUAUUAGAUAUUUGUGAUUUACAAACAGGCUGCAACAGAGUUCAAGUAGAGAUAAAGUUGGGUGAUUUGGUUAAUGAAAACUUAGGAAUAUCUCCUAAUUUUGUUUUAAAAGAAAAGAUAUAUUACUUAAGUAUACUGGAAUACUGGAAUAGAAAUAAAAUAGACUUGAACGAUGUAAAUAUAAUGAUGGUGUCGAAAAAUAACCGUAUUUGUAAUAGUAGUAAUAUCAGAAGUGUUGUAUGUAAUAUUUGCUACAUGAAGAAAGAUAACAAUGAGAUUAUAGCAUUAAAAUGUAAUCAUGAAUUUUGCAUAGCCUGCUGGAAGAGCCAUCUGAGAAUAUCCAAUUCUGAUAUGUGCCCAGAAUAUAAUUGUGUGGAGCUUGUUUGUCAAGUUAAAACUUGUCCAAAUUGUAAACGUAUGUUUGAAAAGAUGGGAGGCUGUGAUUCAAUGAGUUGUAUCUGUGGAAUAGCAUUUUGUUGGAAAUGGUCAAAGGAAAUAAAAGGAAAUCAUCAUAGAAUUUGUUUAUCUGUUGUUAAGCCUGAAGAAUUUAUCUUCGAAAAGAUACGGCUUGUUUCGGAGUCCUAUUACAUUGCUGUUGCCUUGACAAAGUCUCUAAAAAAUCUCACCUACAAAUCUCAAGAAUAG